AGAUGCUUGCUCGCCCUUCCUUACCUCUCUUCCCCUUGACUCUCUCGAUCGACAGAUCUGCGACAGGAUCGGAAUUUUCUCCAUCGAAUCGGUUGGAGGCGACGAUAUCGAGAUUUUUCCUCAAGAAAUCGAUUUCCUCUUUGAUUUUCGACUGGAUUUUGAUAAGUAGCAGAUUUUCUGUUCGUUGAGAGGAAGAGCAGUAUGCGGUAUUCGAGUCUGAGUCUGUCUGUUGACGUGUUCCGAAAAGUCAUCUCCUUGAACUUGUAUUGUAGGGUAAUACUGUAGUUCUGUUCGAUCUUCAAUCCCACAAUAUCAAUUCAGUUCUUUUCCUGUCCUCAGUCUUCCAAUGGCGUAGAAGCUCUUCAUCGACUUCCCUUGCUAUUUCUGUAGGAUUAGCUGAAGAAAACAGAAGAAAAUCUCCCUUGCAUCUUUGAGAAAAUAGGAUUUCAGUUUCAAUAGUUUUAGGUUUCCCAUAGGCAUUAAGGCAUCUUUAUUCAACUGCUCUGUUCAGCACCAAUCUUCUGUUCGUUGAAAUAUACCCAAUUGCUGUCUUUUCAGUUCAUUUUCCAUAGUAGCUCAUUGUUUCCAGGUGCCAAUUAAGGGGCGUUGUUUAUUCAAGGUUGCGAACGAAGUAAUGGUGUGCCAAGCAGCAAGCCAGACGAGAUUUCGGGCUUUGAAACAUGAGAAUGGGAUUGCAGGGAGCUCGACCAUAAUAGUGAGAGUCAUAGCAUGCUUUCAACCUUUGCAGGAUUGCCAGGCUGAAUAUUUCCGCCAUCUGCUAAAGCCUGUUACGUAGAUUUCUUUCAUUUCCCCGCGUUUGCUAUUUGAAUUAAGCUGGUGAUUGUAAUUUUGGAGAAAGGCUAUUGUUAUUGCUGCAAGUAUUUGAUUGAAUAACAUCCAAGAUACCAUCUUCUGGUAAUUGCUUUUCACCAUUGUAUGGGGAAGGACUGCAGUUCUUGGCUCUGUUGGCAUCAUUUGCCAUGGCAAUCACCCAAUUUGAACGGCAUGAGCAUUCCAUCCGAUCCAGGGCAACAGAGUUCUGUUCAUCCAACGUUGUUCUCUUCCCACAAAAAUCCUUUUAUUUUUCUGGCUCCUCCAAGCAGAACUGUGCCUGGGUUUGCAGUUUCUGAAUUUCAUGAGCGGAAGGCAGCUGGAGGAAAUGAACCCCAAUUGUGGUAUCAUGGUUACCCAAAUCAUGCUUUUUCUCCGGCGACUACAAAAUCUAUUCUUGGAGAGAGGUUCUCUGCUCAUGAACUCUGCGAGCUUCCACCUAAUACUGGUGAGAAGAAAAAAGAAGUUUUCGAUCAGUCGCUGAAUAGAAUGAGUUUUGUUUUUAGUUCAAUUGGAUAUCCCUUACAAGACGCAUAUCAUGCGGACCCAAAAUUGCUUGAUGCCAAUGGUUUUCACGCAGAACUGCCUACGAGCAGAGAACCUUUCAUCCAUGAAUUUGUUAAAAUGGCAAACUGGUGUGAAUUGGGUGAAAAUAAUGGAACUGGAAUUCCAUGCGGGGAUGGAAGCGGGAUGCAUGAAGACACUGAAGAACUCGAUGCAUUACUAUGCUCGGAUGAUGACGAUGAAGAAGAAACUAGCACUGGUCAUUCCCCCUUCGAAAUGGCUGGAUAUGAAAGGAAAGGAAAAACCAAUGGCAAUGCAGAAGUUGCUAGUUCCGUCACACCCACCAAAAGGAGGAGACUCGAUGAAGAGAAUGAUCCAUCGCUCAUGGAUACCGCAAGUUCAGGAAAAGCAUGGGUGGGCAAGGACGAUGCUGAGUCAAGCUGUGUGAAGGGCACAGUCCCAUCAUCAGCCAACAAGCGACUGAGGAAGAUGAGAAUACAUGAGACAGUGGCCAUACUGCGUAGCAUAAUUCCAGGUGGAAAGGGUAAGGAUGCUGCAACCAUACUCGAUGAAGCAAUCCAGUACUUGAAGUCUCUUGGGCUAAAAGCCAAAGCCAUUGGUGUUGCUACUGUAAAGUAGAGAGCAUUGCUAGUGUUAGAGGUGGUAUGUAGGGUAGCAUUAGCAGCAGUACUUUUGUGUAGAUAUUAAAAAAGCAGGAUAACCCAAUGGCUACGUGUUAAUGAUUAAAGUGGAGAUAAGCUGUGCGAAUUUUCAAGGUCGAUGUUGGUGGCGGAAAUGAUAGCAAGAAACCGUAAUAAAGGGAAAGAUGGAAGGAAAAUGGUAGGCUUGAUUCGCGGACUGGAACUAUUAUGGAUAAUGCGCGUGGGGUUGAAUGAUGGAGACAGAGGUUUGGUCUUUGGCUGCCCAUGAAGGAAUGCAUGCGGGGGUUUCGUCAUCUGAUUGCGACACCAUCCGCCUUUUUCUUCCUUUCUAUGAGUGUUCUCUCUGUUUUAUCCUGGCUUUGUGGAUGGGUUGAAUGAAAGGUGUUUGGACAUUGUGGGGACAGGAGAGGAGACGACGUUGGAUCGUUUUUGCUUAUGAUUGAAGAACAGAUGAGGUCCCACAGGGCUCUUCAUGGUGUACGGGUGGUUCCAAAAAUCAGAUGAGUUUGCCAGGGACAGUGGACGUGCUAAGUCAAACUCGCUGGUAAUGCUGCUCUCUGCUGUUAUUUGGAUGUCAAUUCAGAUAUCCGAAGAUGCUUGGGUUCAUUGUAUCAAUACAAGUAUUGAUGUCCUAUACAGUUGGUAGAAUGUUAUGUACUGCAUUGGUAUGUUUUACCUUGUUCAAAUUGCAUUUUGUGAAUAUAUUUUGUUGUGUUGGA